CAUUGAUGGUGUUACGCCGAUUUCUGUUCGGGUGUCUCGCCGUCGAAUAUAAUCUAUAACAUGCAGCUUCUACUAUUGACUUGAAAUCUUUUUGAUUUGUUUAAGUAAAAAUACAUCGUCUUUUUUUAAUCAUUCGGGAUAUUUUGAGUUUUUAUUGUAUUUUUGUAUUCACGACUAUGGCCGUAUUUGACCUGAUUUGGUAUUCCCUAUCUAGAGAACACUACCCAGUUCACAGCUGAUAGUGAAAUAACUUCUUGGACGCUGAUUCGUGUAAUUUUGCCUAUUCUUACCUCGUGCACUCGUUUUGAUGUCGGUUCAUUGGAAACAACAUUGUAAUAAGCAUGUCAGUGGAGAAUGUUUCACCUCUUCCUCCUCCUCCUCCUCCUCCAUCACUGGCUCCCUCAGUGUCCAGCAAGAAGAAGCUUUACCAGGCUUUAUCAGAGGGAAGGGCCCCUGUAGAGGGGGACCAUGAAGAGGCCAAGAUUAUUAUAGGACAGAGAGAAAGCAGUUUUAGGAAGGAUCUGCAAUGGUUGCUGUUCAAUAAGUAUGUGCCUUCACUCAUUCAAGAUGGUCCACAAUGUGGUCUCGUGGCCUUAUGGAUGGCGGCUCAUCUACUUCAUCCUCCAGAGACGCUGGUCAUGGAGACACUGGUCCAAGCCGCAAAACACAACGCCUACACUGAACAAGGAGAGAUGUUUUCUGCCCGUGACAUGGCCAAGCUGGCGGAGGAAGUGUGUGGGUGCAGAGUUCAGAGGUUAUCAGGAGGCAUGAUGGGAGAAAACACAGACGUCAUUCUGAAACACCUCGCUGGCGGACAGCCUGUUCUUAUACCAUAUGAUGAGGAUUUUAAUCAUGAACCUUGUCUACGCAACGGCCACAAAGCCCACUGGGCAGUCGUCUCAGGUAUAUUACUAGGCUUAAGACAGGGGUGUGUGGACAGCAAACACUUCCCUCCUGACGUCACACUUCCCUGGCUUCAUCUCUCUCAGAACGAAGCUUCUGUCUCUUGGCCGAUGGAUGGCAUUGAAGAGGUGUUUGUUCUGGCGAAGCAGGGGAAGAGUCUCCGUUACCAGCUGUGGAAGUUUGAGGCGCUUACACAGAGCAACAGCCAGCUCAAGGAGAUGGACCCUCAGAGAGCCGGCGAUGGGACGCGUUACGUGGUUCCUCUCGGAGGCGUUCAGGACGGUCUGGCGGGACAAGUGCUUUUGUUUAACACAAACACACAGAUGAGCUGAUCAAAAACACCAAAGAAGCUGUGUCUGGAGUCGGAGUUGGAUGCACACCUGUGUUUUCAGUCUUCAUCCACUAGGUGUCCUUAUAGAUCACAUGUUUGUAAAGCUGCUGAGCUAAAAAUGAAGUGAUUAAAUUACUAAAACUGA